AUGUUUUUCAUUCCAAAGAAGGAUUACGAUAUGAUGGGCGGCAGCUAUCAGAAGAGGUCAUUCUUUCAGCAAUCAGAGAAAAACAAUGCCGCUCGAGAUUGUUACAUGCAGCCACUUGACACCGGGAAAACUAUUCUCCGUCUCAAAUCCAAUGUUGAGGCGAAGAAAACUAACAAUGUUGCUGCAAAUUAUGUCACUGGCAAGACAAUGCUUAAACUCAAGGAAAGAGACCCAGCCACAGGCAAGUUUUACCCAAACGACGUACAAGGCUGGCGCAACUUGGCCAUGGAUAGCGCAGAGUACAUGCUGACCACCAAGAAGAUACUUUUGGAGAAGAAGGAACCCACUCCGCGCCCACUUAUGUUCAACGAUGUAUUGGCUUAUAAAAAGCCCGUUUACAAGCAGUCGCUGUCCAAUUUGAAAACGAAUGAAGCGCUGGCUAGUCAUAAAACCCUUCUCACUCUUCGCAAUGCUCCCGUCAAGGUUAGUCGCGCCGAAAAGGCUCCAUCCUUGUCAGAUGCAGCUUUGGAUGAACAAAUUUGUCAAUGGAUCAAGAAGACAGAGACGAACUUGCAACGGGCCAAGAGUAACGCUUUGGAUUUGGAGGAACAAAGGCUUCUCCAUCAGACGUUGUACGAGCGCCGUGGUCAUCACCUCAGCAAUCUCGCCUUCGUUCCAUCUCCAACUCGAGGCUUCGAUGCAAACUCGCGUGGCUCAGCAACUACACUCAACCAAUUCUCCUUUACUCCAAAGUCGUUCAUGGGUUAUCGCGAUUUCUCUCCUUUACAUUUCAUGGUUCAGAAUACUUCUGAGCUGAAGCUUGCUGUUGCUGCGGGAACAAACGGUUCAAGUGCUUUUUCUUUGCCCCCUCUUCCACCAAAGAGGUUCUUUGAC